UCUAUCCAUUGCACCACCUAGGUCCCUCCAAUAUGUCUUUUCUUAAAAAAUGACUUGGGGUGUUAAAAGCCAUUGUUUUCAGUGAGUACACCUGUGAAGUUUUAUAUAGUUAGUUUGGUGACAAGCUGCAAUGACUCUUAUGUAACAUUGCUAUUUGUGUUUAUAUAUGUAUGUAUGUCUUUUUGUAUAUAUAUGUUUGUUUGUCUUCUUCAGAUGUAGAAACUGGGUUCACAGUAAAUGAAAUGAGUAAAAAGCUGGGAAUUUUUGUGGAAGAACAUGACCUACAAAGAUUCAUGGAUGAUGGUCCCUGUGACUUCAAUUUGAAGGAAAUGAAUGAUUUUAUUCUCAAAGUAGAUAGAUACCCAAAGAGUGAUUGUGAUAUCUCCAGUCUAGCAAAACAUAAGAAAACCCAUACUGGACGGAAGGCUUAUGAAUGUAAUCAAUGUGGAAAGACUUUUAGAUCGAGCUCCCAUCUUGCUAGACAUCAGGGAAUCCACACUGGAGAGAAAUCUUUUAAAUGUAAUCAGUGUGGAAAGGCUUUCAGGUAUAAUUACAAGCUUGCAGAACAUCAGAGAAUCCACACAGGAGAGAAACCUUUUAAAUGUAAUCAAUGUGGAAAGGCUUUCACACGCAGUGACAGUCUUUCAGCCCAUCAGAGAAUCCACACUGGAGAGAAACUUUUUAAAUGUAAUCAGUGUGGAAAGGCCUUUAGAUGCAACUCAAAUCUUGCUACACAUCAGAAAAUCCACACUGGAGAGAAACCUUUUAAAUGUAAUAAAUGUGGAAAAGAUUUCACACACAGUUCCAGUCUUGCUUUACAUCAGAGAAAGCACACUGGAGAGAAACCUCUUAAAUGUAAUCAAUGUGGAAAGGCUUUCAGAUUCUCCUCCAAUCUUGCUAGACAUCAGAGAAUUCACACUGGAGAGAAACCUUUUACGUGUAAUCAGUGUGGAAAGGCUUUUAGACGCAGUGCCCAACUUGCUUUACAUCAGAGAAAACAUACUGGAGAGAAACCUUUUAAAUGUAAUCAGUGUGGAAAGGCUUUUAGAUUCUCCUCCAAUCUUGCUUCACAUCAGAGAAUCCACACUGGAGAGAAACCUUUUAAAUGUAAUCAGUGUGGAAAACAUUUCACAUACAGUUCCAAUCUUGUUUUACACCAGAGAAAGCACACUGGAGAGAAACCAUUUAAGUGUAAUCAAUGUGGAAAGACUUUCAGAUUUUCUUCCAGUGUUGUUGCACAUCAGAGAAUCCACACUAGACAGAAACUUUUUAAGUGUAAUCAAUGUGGGAAAGCUUUCACACACAGUGCCAGUCUUGUUAACCAUCAGAAAAUCCACAGUGGAGAGAAACCUUUUAAAUGUAAUCAGUGUGGAAAGGCUUUUAGACGCAGCUCCCAUCUUGCCAGACAUCAAAAAAUCCACACGGGAGAGAAACCUUUUAAAUGUAAUCAGUGUGGAAAGGCUUUCACCAACAGUUCCAAUCUUGCUAAACAUCAGAGCAUCCACACUGGAGAGAAACCUUUUAAAUGUAGUCAAUGUGGAAAGACUUUUAAACGAAGUGGCCAUCUUGCUACACAUCAGAGAAUCCACACUGGAGAGAAACCUUUUAAAUGUAAUCAGUGUGGAAAGGCUUUCAGAUUCUCUUCCCGUCUUGUUACACAUCAGAGAAUCCACACUGGAGAGAAACCUUUUAAAUGUAAGCAGUGUGGAAAGGUCUUCAGAUUCUCUGGUAGUCUUUUUACACAUCAGAGAAUCCACACAGGAGAGAAACCUUUUAAAUGUAAUCAAUGUGGAAAGGCUUUUAAACGCAACUCCCAUCUUGCUAAACAUCAGAGAAUCCACACUGGAGAGAAACCUUUUAAAACCUAAUCACUAUGGAAAGAGUUUUAGAUGCAGCUCCCAUCUUGCCAGUCAGAGAAUCCACACUGGAGUGAAACCUUUUUUUUUUUUUUUUUUUUUUUUUUUUUUUUGGUGAUUGUUGGUAUUUUUUCUAUGUUGGAUAGGAGAGGAUAAUAGUGGGAAAUAUACUAACCAUGGGACUGUUCGUCCUCUCAUCCUCAAAUCUAAAAUAAUAAGGAAGGGAUUAUUACUGUAAUGAUACAUGAGUAGAACAGAAGGACUGAGAAAGCUUUGAAAAAUGUUUUAUUGAAUUCAUUACUACUCAAAAAAGAAAUUCAAGCUUUGCAGAUUUGUUUCUUGACAUAUUUUUCUGUUUUGUGUAAAUUUAAAAAUGUUCAUCUGAUUCCAUUUGUAUGAAUUUCAAUAUUAAAAAAGAAAUCAGAUAUUGAUGGUUUGCUGUUGUCAUUUUCACCAACGUUGAAGACUUCAUUACAAGAAAUCAUAAAAUUAUUUUCAUGACAUCUUUUAAAUCUGUAUCUUGAAUCAAGAAUUAUCCUAGCUACACUUGUAAAUUAUACUUUACACUUUACUUUUAUUUUAAAAACAAAUAUUUUUAUAUGAAAAAAAUUCUUGUACUUCUCUCACCUACCUCUCAAAUAGAGAAUGACCAAAAAAGCAAAUCUUCCCAUUAUAAAUGGGAAUCAAUGUAAAAUUCCAGUUCUGUCUAAUCCCAAAAUAUAUCUGCAUCAAAUAUUUUGUUGAGCCAUUGCUAAUUAGAAGAUGCCAUAAAUCUUUUCCAUUCUAAUCUCUGGUGUCUAAUCAUGUCUUUUAUUUUUCAGUGACGUUCAUUCAAAAUUGAGGUAGAGUCCCCUUUCCUAGUCUUUUUUUUUU